UAAACGCAGGGCAGUUGGCCCCCAACCCUCUCUUUUUUUCCACACAGUAGAGAGAGAGAAGAGAGAGAGAGAGCCCCAAAAAAUAAAGGAGAGGAGUUUCUGAUUUUCAUAGCAAAUCUCAUUCACAUCUCCUCUCUGUAGCGUUGAUUGUCCUUCUGUAUAUAUGGAUCGAGCUAGAUUCGUGUUCUGUGACUUUUGAUUUUUGAAAUUUUUUCUAGGGUUUAGUGUGUUGCCUUUUUGUGGUGUUGUGCUUAAUCGCUUGAUUUGCGCGAUGCGGAAGGGCAGAGCAGCGGCGGCGGUGGCGGCGGCGGAAGCGAACGGAUCUGGAGGAUCCAAGGAGAUCAGGUUCAGAGGCGUCCGGAAGCGGCCGUGGGGACGGUACGCGGCGGAGAUCAGAGAUCCUUGGAAGAAGACUCGCGUCUGGCUCGGCACGUUUGAUUCGGCGGAGGACGCCGCUCGGGCGUACGACGCCGCCGCGCGGUCGCUGCGCGGCGCUAAGGCGAAGACGAACUUCCCUCUCCCCGCCGGCGCCGCCGUUUUCCACGAUUUCAGCGCUCAAAACCCUAACCGACCUCCGAUCAACGGUGGUUCCAACGAUCCGUUCACGGAUUCGAGAUACUUCCCCUCGGAUCCGAUGAUUGCGCACCAGCGGCCGACUUCGAGCGGCAUGAGCAGCACCGUGGAGUCCUUCAGCGGACCGCGGCAGCCGCGGCCGGCGCGUCCGGUCGAGCACCACGAAAGGAGACAUCCUCGGUCUCCGCCGGUGGUUCCCGACGACUGCCACAGCGACUGCGAUUCUUCUUCCUCCGUGGUUGAUGAUACCGAGUGCGACGUCGCUUCAUCCUCCUGUAAAAAACCUCGUCCCUUCGAUCUCAACAUGCUGCCGGCGGCGGACUGUCCCGCCGCCGACCUGGACGAGCUUGCUUGUACGGCGCUCCGGCUUUGAGUUUCAGAGGCGUCUUCCUUCGCCGAUGAAUCUCCGAUUGAUGUGCUGGAAGAAAUUUACCCUCAAUUUGGUUCCUAUUACUUAAUUUUUCUCGCUUUCUUUUAUUCUGCGGAAAAAAAUGGAGUAUUAAAAAAAGUUAUAAAGAAGAGGGGAAUGGCCGCCAUAGACAGGUCUGAAGGAGCUCUGAAACCUAAUAGUCAGUCUGUCUUUGUCUUCUACGAAUGUGUGUUGUUUGAUGAGAAUUUACUCUCUGAAAGUUAUAUACUCUAAUAUUAUCUCUAUAUCUAUACAUCUAUAUAUAUAUAUAUAUAUUACAUUAUGGUGGAUCUUUGAUCAUGUUUCUUGAAUGUUCUUGAUGGAAAAUGUGCUUUAUAUGUUUUUGAGGUUUUUAUGUUUGGAUUUGAAAGUUUCGUGAAUGCAAAUUAGGUUUUCGGGUGUGAAUUAGUCGUGGGAUGUCGAUAUUUUUUAGGGUUGGAAUGAUACAUUGUGAUAAACAUGAUCUAAAUCUGUCAUUUUCCAUGGUGUUUAGGGUUCUUGUAACAUAUUGGUGCACCUUUGUGAUAUUGCUCUGUAUUGUUAUGUAAAUUCUUGAUUGUCGACGAUUUUUAUUUAUGUUUACGAGGGUUCUAUGCCAUCCGGAUUUAUGUUUUGUUAGUAACUAUGCUCGUGUAGGGCUUUGCCGAUAUUGUUUGAUGUUGUUUUUACUUCAAUUGAAAUGUUGUUUGCUUGUUUUGGAUUGUUAUGCUGCUGAAUUAUGGUGUUGUCUUUCGAUUUUUCAUUUCAUCUUGUUGUGAUCAUAAAUUGUGUAUUUCUUCGGGGUAGUUUCUUUCUUUUUCUUUGUCGUUGUUCUUGUUAAGAUUCGACUCGGAAGGAUAUUAUAAUUUGUGUGCUGGAUUUGGUUUAUGUUUUGCUUUUGCAUUCAAUUCUCACAUUUGGAUAUCUGCAGCUUAUGUAUAAGAUGAUUUUGUACAUGACUAUAAAUUAUAUAUAAAACUAUAAACAGAUUAUUUUUUAUUUUUUAAAAUAAAAGGUUCAUAGAUUAAAUAAUACAAGCAUCUACACUGUGUUUAUUUUUAUAGCUUUCUGGCAACCAAAAUUCAAAUGUUGAAUGAAUUGUGGCUUUGUGUCCUUUUUUAGUUUUUUCAAAUUUCAGUUGCUGUGUUGCAAUUUAAUUUCGCUUUAUUUGUGUAAGUAUAUAUAAAAUAAUUUGGUAAAGUGGUAUGCAAUAAUGUAUUUUACUAAAACGAUGAAUUUGGGGAUGAAAAAGAGGAUGUCCCUUUAUUGUUUGUCUCUCUACUCUACUAGAAACAAAGGGUAUGUUUGUUUAGAUGGUUUUGAAAAAAUUUGAUUUGAGGUUAUUAUUAAAAUAAUGUACUCUACUUUUCAUUUA